UUCACAAUGAGAGUCAAGACAUUGGUUGCGGUGGUGCCGGCAGUGUUGCUGCCCAUUGCUGCGCUCGCAGACGACACUACCACAAAAGAGCAGCAAGAUUUUGACAUACAAGUGGUGGAGACGCGCAAGCAGCAGGUGCAGGGGUUGACUAAGUCAGCACUAUUCGCCGAGACGUUCGAGGUCGAGGAGUUAUUUGAUGGUUCGCGCUGGUUCAAGAGCACACACGAAAAGUAUUCGAACCAGGAUGUGGCCCUUGAUGAGCUCACACUGGAAGCGGCGCACCUGACGCCCGAUCGCGGUCUCGUGCUGAACAAGCCGGCGCAACACUACGGCCUUGCCGUGAAGCUGGACGAGCCACUGCAAGUGGACGGUAGUGACGCUAAGAAGGAAAUGGUGGUGCAAUACGAGGUGAAACUGCAGAAGGGUCUGGACUGCGGUGGCGCCUACGUUAAGCUGCUGCGUCAAGACCAGCAAAAACAGGACUUCUCGGCCUUCAGUGACGAGACCCCCUUUGUGCUCAUGUUUGGCCCCGAUAAGUGCGGCAACAGCGACAAACUGCAUCUUAUCUUCCAGCACAAGAACCCUGUGUCGGAGGAGUACGAGGAGAAGCACAUGAUGGAGGCGCCCAGCAUCAAAAACGACAAGGACACCCACCUCUACACGGCUGUGAUUCGCGAUGACAACACGUUCGAGGUGUUCGUAGACCAGAAGUCGGUCAAGAGCGGCAGUUUGUUGAAGAACUUCCUGCCACCCGUGAUUCCAGAGAAGGAGGUCGACGAUCCCGAAGACUCAAAGCCUGACGACUGGGUCGACGAGAAGAAGGUCCGCGACCCGAACGCUGCCAAGCCUGACGACUGGGAUGAAGACGCCCCUGCUCGUAUCCCGGAUGAGGGCGCUGUUAAGCCUAAUGACUGGCUGGACGACGAGCCGGCUAUGAUUGAUGACCCGAAUGUGGUGAAACCCGAGGACUGGGACGACGAGGACGACGGAGAGUUUGUUGUACCACAGAUCCUCAACUCGAAGUGCGCCAAAGUGUCCGGCUGUGGCGAGUGGAGGCGACCCACGAUAGCCAAUCAGGCGUACAAGGGUAAGUUCUACGCUCCGUACAUUUCGAAUCCAGCCUACAAGGGUGUGUGGAAGCCAUCCAAGAUCCCCAAUCCGAAGUACUUCGAGGAUGAACACCCGGCGCGCCUUGAUCCCAUUGGUGCACUUGCUGUGGAGGUGUGGACCAUGACGAAUGGCAUUACGUUCGACAACUUUUGGCUCGGCAACGACUUGAAGAAGGCGCAGGAGUUCGCGGAUCUCACGUGGGCACCCAAGCACGCUGUCGAGGUCGAAGCGAAGAAGAAGCUUAAGAAGGAGGAAUUGGACAGCGAGGAAAGCGGGAUCAUGAAGACGCUCAAUCAGCUGGCGAUGGACUUUGCUGCAUACGCCGAUGCUAACCCUGUGCUUGCUCUUGGAUCGGUGGGUGGUAUUUCCGUACUGCUCACCAUUGCCUUGUUCUUCCUGUGCUCCGCGUCGGGGGCAUCUAAACACGAGGCAAUUGCGAAGAAGACGGACAGUGGAGCCAAAGAGGAGGAGGGGGAGGAUGCUAAGGCAGUGGACAGUGACGAGAAGGAGAAGACAGUGCGACAGCGCAAAAAAAGCCCCUAAGGUCGAUUAGACUUUUUGCGGUAAAUAGGUACCAUCUUAACCCCAGUGAGCUAUUUUGGUAGGUUAAAUGGAAGGAUCAAUUUUUGAUGGCCU